AUGCACGAUAUUGUCAAAGCAGCACGUAAUGUCGCCAUCAAAACGAAUCUGACAGCCUUCUACAUUUUCGCCGAUAAGAUCGAAUUCGCUAAAGCAAUGGCUGCCAUACUGAGGAUAAACGAAAAAUGGCAACCUAAUGAACGUCCUCUGCCGUGUGAUCCGGUGUUGAUUCCGUCACUGCCGCCGAGCCAUAGCAAGAAGCGGAAAAGGGACGAAUCGUUGCAGAUAUGA